UUAAAUAUUUCUAUAUAUUGUAUAUAAUUUUGCUUUUGGCAAAUACACAAUUUAGAGUUUAUUGUUGUUAUUGUUGAAAUUGUUGUGUUGUUAACUUGGCUUACAAACAGUUGACAAGUGUAUAGUGACGCAAUGUUCAGUCCGGAAUAUGAGAAGCGCAUAUUGGAGCACUGCAGUCCCGUGGCCAGAAAAAUCUACAGCAAUAAUCAUGACAAUUAUCCAUCGCCCACCUCAUUGGAUCGCUUCAUACCCUGCAGGGCCAACAACACUUGGCAGACGAGCUUUGCAUCGAUUAUCAAGUCGAAUGAUAACUCACCACAGACCAGCAAGAAGCAGCGAGAUUGUGGCGAGACCGCUCGAGAUAGUUUGGCCUAUUCCUGUCUGCUAAAGAACGAGCUGCUCGGCUCGGCCAUAGACGAUGUUAAGACGGCGGGCGAGGAGCGCAAUGAGAACUCAUAUACGCCCACGGCGAAGCGUUGUCUCUUCAAAUAUCAAUCAACCACUAAGCAGGACUACAAUGGCGAGUGCCCGUACUCGCUGUCGCCGGUGAGUGCAAAGAGUCAAAAGCUGCUGCGCUCACCACGCAAAGCGACGCGAAAGAUCUCGCGCAUACCAUUCAAGGUACUGGAUGCGCCCGAGCUGCAGGAUGAUUUCUAUCUGAAUCUGGUCGAUUGGUCAUCGCAAAAUGUGCUGGCUGUGGGACUAGGCAGCUGUGUCUAUCUCUGGAGCGCCUGCACCAGUCAGGUGACGCGUCUGUGCGAUCUGAGCACAGAUUCCAACACAGUUACCUCCGUGUCCUGGAACGAGCGCGGCAACACCGUCGCCGUGGGCACGCAUCAUGGCUAUGUAACCGUCUGGGAUGUGGCAGCCAACAAACAAAUCAACAAGCUCAAUGGGCAUUCGGCGCGUGUGGGCGCCUUGGCCUGGAACAGCGACAUAUUGUCGAGCGGCUCGCGAGAUCGUUGGAUAAUACAGCGAGACACACGCACGCCGCAGCUGCAGUCGGAGCGUCGACUGGCGGGGCAUAGGCAGGAGGUCUGCGGCCUGAAGUGGUCGCCGGACAAUCAGUAUUUGGCUAGUGGCGGCAAUGAUAAUCGUUUGUAUGUGUGGAAUCAGCAUUCGGUGAAUCCGGUGCAGUCGUAUACGGAGCAUAUGGCGGCAGUGAAGGCGAUUGCCUGGUCGCCGCACCAUCACGGACUGCUGGCCAGCGGCGGCGGCACUGCGGAUCGCUGCAUACGCUUCUGGAACACGCUGACGGGCCAGCCCAUGCAGUGCGUGGACACGGGCUCGCAGGUAUGCAAUCUGGCCUGGUCCAAGCACAGCUCGGAGCUGGUCUCCACGCACGGCUACUCGCAGAACCAAAUACUCGUCUGGAAGUAUCCAUCGCUGACGCAGGUGGCCAAGCUGACGGGCCACUCGUAUCGUGUGCUGUACUUGGCGCUGAGUCCGGAUGGCGAGGCGAUCGUUACGGGCGCUGGAGAUGAGACGCUGCGCUUUUGGAAUGUGUUCAGCAAGGCGCGCAGUCAGAAGGAGAACAAGUCGGUGCUGAACUUGUUUGCCAACAUUAGAUAGGUGCAGCCCCCCAUUUGGAUGUUUGGAAAAGUAGAGAAAAAAAAAAACAAAACGGAAAGAUGAAAAAACCCAAAACACAUCACGCAACUGCUGAUGGGCACGCACCACCUCCCCCCAACAAUAAUGUGUGGGUGUGUGGGCGUUGACUGAACGUAGCGCCAAAGGCAAGCAACUAACCAAGCAAGCAAGCUAACUUACCAUUUAGCAAUUAACCAAUUAAACAAUCUAUCAAUCGAGAGAAGCAAGCAGCCAAUAAACUAACCAUUUGAUAACUAAUUAUUAAUUUGGGGGCUAGACGCGCAUUCACAAUCCGGAUGCGUGCUCAUUUAUUAACCAUCAUAAUUUACUAAAUUUACGUUUAAAUAAUUGUCACACGCGUAUGCUGCUUCGGCUGCUGAUGCUGAUGCUACUGCUCCUGGCCCUCAACUUGGUGGCAGCCAGCUUUAUGUGCAACAUAUUUUUGAAACUAGUAAUGUAAAUAACUCUACACGGUUGGGAGCCGAGCAGCAGCAAAGCAAUAAGCAGACAGCUACAAUACACAUAAACA